AUGGCGGCCAAGCAGGGUGACGGAUCCGAGGCCUUGGUGGAGCAAGAGGCGGCGCCGGAUACACAACCAGCAGAAUACUCGGACGAUGAGCACUUGAGUGCCAUUGACAAGCAAUACGCCGCCACUUCUUCCGCCGUCCCACGACGCAUCCAUAUCCUGGGCACGGGGAGCAUCGGCAAACUGGUGGCGCAUGCACUACGAGGAAUCGCGAAGCCGCCGCCCAUCACGUUGAUCUUCCACCGAUAUCAACUUUUAAAAGCAUGGCAGGAGGGCAAACAGGAAAUCACGAUCCACGAUGACGGCCAUGACAUUCCCCGGUCGGGUUUUGACGUUGAGUUGAUGCAGGAGGUACGGAAGCAGCACGGCUCGCAGCAAGGGCAGCAGCCACAACAAGAACCACCCGCCGAUGCCUCUCCGCUCCCCUCCCAGUCUUUCGUCAGCGACGAGCCCAUCUACAAUCUCAUCGUCACCACCAAAGCUGCGAUCACCGUCCCUGCUUUGUCCGCGGUCAAGCACCGCAUUGGCCCCACCAGCACCAUCUGCUUCCUUCAAAACGGCAUGGGCAUCAUCGACGAAGUCAACGCCAAACUCUUUCCGGAUGAAGACUCCCGCCCCAACUACAUCCAAGGCAUCCUCACGCAUGGCGCGAAUGUGCCACCGGAGAAGAAAGACCCAUUUUACGCCGUGCACGCCGGCCAUGGCAGUAUUGCCCUCGGCCUCCUGCCCCGCGCCAAAUCCACUGCAAAUAAGUCCGAAGCCGCCGACGAUGCUCCCAAAGACGAAAAAGACAUCCGUCCCAAACAAUGGGCAGCUACCUCCCGCUACCUACUGCGCACCCUUACCCGAUGUCCAGUUCUGUGUGCUGUAGGCUUCACGCCAACAGAGCUCCUGCAACAACAGCUCGAGAAGCUCGUAGCCAACAGCGUCGUCAACCCCCUCACCGCCCUACUCGACAACCGCAACGGCGCCCUGCUCUACAACUUCGCCCUGACACGCACCAUGCGCCUCCUCCUAGCAGAAACCAGCCACGUCAUCACGCACCUGCCCGAACUCCGCGGCCUACCCGGUCUCGAGCAGCGCUUCAGCACCGAGCGCCUGGAGACGCUCGUCGUCGGCGUCGCCAACAAAACCAAGGACAACAUCAGCAGCAUGCUGGCGGACGUGCGCGCCGGCCGCAAGACGGAGAUUGAGUACAUCAAUGGGUAUAUCGUCAAGCGCGGCGAGGAGCUGGGCGUCAAGUGUUUGGUGAAUUACGCGAUUAUGCAGACGGUGAUUGGCAAGGCGCAGAUGCUGCAGCGCGAGACGAGAGGCGAGGUGGCGACGGAGGAGGAGAAGGGGAGGGCGUUGCGGGGGGAUUAG